AUGUCGACCGCAGUAGCACUGCGCACUUGGGAGGCAGAGAACGACAUCAUCACCAUCGAUCCAUCUCAGAAUGCUCUAUAUAACCUCCCCGAUGCGAAUGCCUACAAGGCCCUCCAGAACUCUGCGCCAUGGAAGAAAGACCCCAAUUACUUCACUCAGGUUCGGAUAUCAGCCUUGGCCCUGCUGAAGAUGACCACACAUGCUCGUUCAGGCGGCAAUAUUGAGAUUAUGGGGUUGAUGAUAGGUUACGUCUUCGGUCGGUCACUGGUCAUCACAGAUGCCUUCAGGUUACCUGUGGAGGGGACGGAGACGCGAGUGAACGCGCAUGCCGACGCAGACGAAUACAUGGUCAACUUUGGCAUCGCUUCCAGAGAAGGGGGAGGUCAGCUGGAGAAUGCCGUGGGCUGGUACCACUCCCACCCGGGCUAUGGCUGCUGGCUCUCAGGAAUCGACGUCCACACGCAAAAGACGCAUCAGAUGGUCAAUGACCCAUUCGUCGCGGUUGUCAUUGACCCUGAUCGUACCGUGUCCGCUGGGAAGGUCGAGAUCGGCGCAUUCAGGACCUACCCCGACGGCCACGUAGCCGCCAACAAGCAAUUCACCGAUGACAGCGACGACUAUCAAGCCAUUCCUCAAGACAAGAUCCAAGACUUUGGUGUCCAUGCCAACUCAUACUACCCAUUAGAGGUUACUCAUUACAAGUCGACCCUCGACGCACACCUCCUCAAUCUGCUGUGGAGCAAAUACUGGACGUCAACGCUUUCGCAGUCCCCACUAUUCACCAACCGAGACUAUGCAAGCAAGCAAAUCGCCGAUCAUGCAAUCAAAAUAAAAGAGGCGGCAAGCAAGCAGAGGGCAGGUAUCAGUCUGGGUCGCCGCGGGCAGGAACUUACAGGCACAGGGAACAAGAACUUCAAGGUGGUCAGGGAUGGCGCUCUCGAGCAAGUGGUGCGUGGAGGCAACAAGAUUGCAACAGAAGAGCUUGCAGGCCUAUUAGCGAACGAGGUCAAGCAGAGGUUGUUCUGGGGUGUCGUACAAGAGGCGGCUAAGAGGGCAGCCCGAGAGGCCACGGCCACGAGUGAGAUUUCUGCCACGAGCAAUGACGGUUGA